AUGUCUGAUGACGAAGAUUACUAUGAUGAAUAUGACGAAGACAUCUUCUGGGUAGAAGAGCCCGAUCCAACUGUCGCUGACGAUCUCGCCGCGACAGCAACCGCAACAAAUGACUUGAUCUUCUAUGACGACCCGGCCCUCGAAGCUGAAGAAUUUUUCAGCGACUGGGACGACCUUUCCGACGAUUACUACGACCAAGACCCGACCGCAGUCCGACGUCAACGUGCCCUCAACGCCCUUCUAGCCCAAAAGACCCUCUCCGCAGGUAUUCCGCCCACGAAACGCAGUUGGAAGCACCCCUCCAAGGGUCUGUUCGAUAUCGCAGCAUUCCAGGGUGUGGUGUGGAAAAGCCCCGCUGACGAUCUGAAAAUUGCGCUGCAUGAGCCUGGUGAGGGAGAGAAGGUCGCACUGUUGAAGAAUUGGCGGGAGGUAUUCCGCAAUUCGAACCCCGCGAUUGGAAGAGCUAGGGUUAGGAAAGACGCCGCGGGACGCAGAGGAACUGGUGCACCGGAAGUGGUGGAUUUGUAUGGCGCCGAUGAUGUAGAGGCAGACGACGGCGAGGAUGCAGAUAUCGAGGACGGAGUGGAUGUGAAGAUGUCAAGCGAAAAAGGCAAUGGUACGCUGGAAGACGUGCCUGCUGCUGGCGGUGACACGGACAUGGUUGAGACUGGAACUACGGAAGGUACUCAGGACCUUCCCGAUGGUAUAAAGCCGUCUGACUCUCUUGAGGUGCCCAAGUCGAAACCAAACGGUGUCAUUGCUGCACCGGCAGACAAGCCAGCAACAAGAGGCCGCAAGCGCAAGGCUGAAGAAGAAAGCGAACCUGUCCCUGAAGCAACCAGUAAGACGAGAUCGAAACGCGUCGCAACCCAGAAAGUCGGAGAGGCCAAAGCCCCCAAUCCUGCGCCAGCAGGACCGGUGCGGAGAUCGGCCAGAAACAAGAAGUAAUUGAUUUCACUGUGUAUAGAAAUGAGUACAUGAGAACACGAACAUACAACUUGUUACAUCCUUGG